AUGGACUCCAUCGUCGAAACACAACGCCAGACCCACGAGGAGAUCGAGCGGUAUGAGCAAGCCCUGGCCGAGGUGCUCAUGCAGAACCCAACAGCCACCAAAAAUGUAACUAGGAGAGACCGAAAGGCUGCAGAAAUACUAGACCGUAUAGGGACACUGCGAAUGGAGCUUGUCGACAUGUACGAGGACAUCCCUGGGCUACGACCCAAGGAGCUUGCCCUUCUCUCAGCCCCCGGAGCAGGACAGGACGACCUCGAAGAGUUUUAUCUGCGUUUCAACAAGAUUAAGGACUUUCACGGGCGGAAUCCGGGCAUCAAUGCGCGACAAUUCCUUAAUGAAGUGGAUGAGCUGGUCAAGGGCGAUGGUGUGCAAUUGAUCGAGGUGGAAGGCGAUGAGGAGCCUACUAUCAUCGACCCCCUCGAUUCUAUCUUCUCCGGUGAAGAAGCCUACGGCAAACACCUCGAUCUUUACCUCUCCCACUCUCAAUACCUUAACUUGAAAGGCUCAACACGUCUCUCCUACGUCGCCUACCUCGACAUGCUCAAACACGGCAAAGUCGAGCGUACCCUCGACACUAAAGAGAAAUCCAACGCCGCCUACCUCGAAUACGUCCAAACGCUGUACAACUACCUUCUCUCCUUCUUUGAGCGGGCUUUACCGUUGGUCGAUGUACGAGGGAAGGUCAAGGAAGCGGAGGCGAGCUUUGAGGCUGCAUGGGAGGCGGGACAGGUGGAGGGAUGGGAGUCGUCUGGUGCGAAGAAGCAAGAGAAUGGUGGAGAAGGGAUCUGGUGUCAGUACUGCCAAAAGAAUUAUUCCAAGCAGACAGUAUACGACGCCCAUCUCAACUCCAAGGGUCACAAGAAGAAGGCUGCCGAAGGGGCUGGUUCUACAGCAUCUCCCGCGCCUGUAGGACCUACAACCACCACUCCCCAAACUUCCAAAUCCAAACUCCCCGCCCGACUCACUUUCCUCAUCAUCGCUCUCCUUACCUUCCCGCCCAUACCCAGACUCUUGAGCGACUCGAGGAACGAGGUGGAGCGAAAGAUGGCGUUGACGUCGAGAGAGAGGGAGCAGGAAAUUGAAGAGCAGGAAGAGGGUCAGCAAGUGGAGGAGGUCGAGCUCGGAAACGAUUCGGAUGAAGAAGAUGACGACGGAAAGGUGUACAAUCCCCUCAAGCUUCCUCUUGGUUGGGACGGCAAGCCUAUUCCUUACUGGCUGUACAAGCUGCACGGUCUCGGUGUCGAGUUCAAGUGUGAAAUCUGCUCCAAUGCGUCGUACAACGGCCGAAAGGCCUUCGAAAAGCACUUUACAGAGUCCAAGCAUGCUUUCGGUCUUCGUGCGCUCGGUCUGCCGCCGUCCAAACAUUUCAUGUACAUCACCAAGAUCUCUGAUGCCAUGUCUCUGGCGGAAAAGCUGAAGCGUGAAGGCAGACAAGAGCUCACAGCGAUGGACAAGGCGGAAGAGUUUGAGGAUGAUGAAGGGAAUGUGUACGAUAAGAAGACGUACGAGCAGUUGCAACGACAGGGUCUUAUCUAG